AUGGAUUUUAUACGGCGACAACGAGCAUCGCCUUCGCACAACCCAAACACCGUGCACUGCUUGUGUGGCGCGGAUGCUGACUUAAUAAUGCUUGGUCUUGCAACUCAUGAACCAAAUUUCAAUAUUAUCCGAGAGGAAUUUGUGCCGAAUCAACAAAAACCAUGCGAUCUUUGUGGUCAGUAUGGGCACGAGCUGAACGAAUGCAGAGGAUUGGCUCGUGAUGAAGAAUCGGAAUGCCAGUCAUCUCCGUUGCAAAAGGAAACAAAUUUUAUAUUCGUACGUUUACCGGUUCUGCGCGAAUAUUUGGAGCGAGAAUUGCAAAUACCUAAUUCGCCCAUACCAUUUGAUUUGGAAAGAUCCAUCGAUGAUUGGGUUUUUAUGUGUUUUUUUGUUGGUAAUGAUUUUCUGCCUCAUUUGCCUUCACUGGAAAUUCGAGAAAAUGCUAUUGAUCGCCUCAUAAAAUUGUACAAGGACAUGGUCUAUAAAAUGAAAGGAUAUCUUACCGACUCAGGGACAGUGCAUAUUGAAAGGGCCCAAAUGAUUCUUGAUAAAUUGGGUGAAGUGGAAGAUGAAAUAUUCAAAUCGAGACAGGUCGGUUUCCCAUCCCGAAUUCUCUCCUUCAAAAUAGUCCAUAAUUCUCAUUAUUUUUAA